ACAUUGACAAUCAGCUGAUCCUUUUCCUUGACCCAAGUUUCGCGUUCGAUGUAGCAUAUUCUCGAAAUCGCUGUCCUUUUUUUAUUUGUGCAACUUAUAUCUUUGUAUCCUUUUUAUCGACAUCGCACUAGGAAUAUUACGUCAAAUCAUGAUCGUCAGUCGCCACGUCUAUCGCCUAUCAGUAGUAUCAGUUCAUUCAUACGUUCAGUUUGAUACCUCACGUACAGAGUUGGACGGCUACGAUAAGUUAAAAUAAUCUGGCGGUGUUAAUGUUGGAAUCCCAGCCAUGACAAAUAUACAGACAAAGUUUACUUUGCGAUAUAUUUUUUUGCAAUUUACAUAAUUGCAAACUUAUAAAACGCAUGAUGAUGCAAUAAAAGUUAGACUACAGAAAUCAAGUUCAAAGUGCUAAAACAAUUGGCGUCGAAUCGAUUUCUACAGCGAAGAGAUUUAGGUUAAUUGGGCAGAACAUAUUUGAUUGUCGGGAAAAUAUUGUAAUGUAUUGUAAACUUGUGAAGUGAUUUAAAACAACUGCUGGACAGUGCAGGAUCAGCGAGCCUGUUGAAGCGGCCUACCAUGACUGAUACCAGUUCCGUCAGGUACCUUCUCACUAAGUAGCUAUCCUCUGCACUCUUCUGAUGUUUGCUGUACCCCGCACCGUCUCACUGUUCUGACACACUAGCACCCUUCAUUUGACUCCCUUGUUGAACGAGGACCGAGAGCGCAUUCCGUGCCUGAGCUCAGACUGCGACCGCACGAUGUGGGGAGCACAGCGCCGCGUCCUCCUGGACGUCCUGCUGGCCUGCUGGGGCGUCGGCACGUGGCUGGGCGUCAACGGGCUCUACGUCCAGCUGCCGCUGCUCGUGGAGCGGCUGCCCGAAGGCUGGGCGCUGCCUUCGUCCAUGGUCUUAGCUGUACAACUUGCCAACUUGGGAUUAGUGGCUUACGCGCUGUUGCGCCGACUCCGACCGCGAGCUUCCGACUCUCCCUACAUCUACGGCUUGCUAGUUGUAGGAACCCUCGCACUUGCACUGAAUGCCUUCCUCUACGAGGAGACAAUCGCAAACCGCUCCAUCGCUUUCCUAUUCCUAACUUUCUUCGCGGCGCUCGUAGGAUGUACAAGUUCUGUUUUGUUCUAUCCGUACUUGAGGCACUUCCGCGACGUGUAUCUCGCGACGUAUUUAGUCGGCGAAGGGUUGAGCGGAUUCAUCCCGGCUAUUUUAGCUUUGAUUCAGGGUAUCGGCGGCGAGCCCGCGUGCAUACUCAACGAUGAAGGUACAGGGCUGGUACCGGUCUAUCCGCCGCCGCGAUUCGACACAACUGUGUUCCUAGUGCUGUUGUCAGGCUUGUCAGCGAUGAGUUUGGUCAGCUUCGUAAUAGUAGAUCGAUACAGCGGGUUCGCAUCGGAGCGUGUGGAACCCGCCGCCGCCGCUAAGGAUGAUGAAGCGACAUCGGAGCCGGUAGCGCUUCAUCGCGGGCGAUGGCUCUUCGUGUUGGUUCUCAUGGGAGUCCUUAACGCGCUUUCAAACGGUGUUCUUCCGUCCGUGCAGUCGUACUCGUGCAUGCCGUACGGGAACCUGGCGUACCACCUGGCGGUGACGCUGGGCGCGAUGGCGAACCCGGCGGCGUGCCUGGCGGGCGUGUGGCUGGCGCCGCUGCCGGGCCGCGUGCUGGCGGCGCUGCUGGCAGCCGCGGCGGUGCCGCUCGCCUACAUUCUGGCCACGGCGCUGCUCAGCCCCGAGCCGCCGCUCUACCACCACGCUGGCGGAGCUGUUUUAGUGGUGGUGUCGUGGACGCUGGUGAGCGGGGUGGUGUCGUACGCGCGCAUGUGGGUGUACGGCUGGGCGCGGCGCGGCGGCGCGCGCGGCAUGCGCGCCACGGGCGUGGCCACGCAGGCGGGCUCCUCGGUGGGCUCGGCGCUGCUCUACCUGCUUGUCAAUCACACCGGUAUCUUCACGCAGCCGCCCGCCUGCCCGCCGCUCAGCUAGUAUCUCGACUAACGUUGACGACCACAAAUCCGUACACGGCGAGAAGAAGUUGAUAACUCUCGGGAAAAAACAGAAGAAAUUUGAACCUUAUGCAGUUUUAUUUUAAGUUCAAAUUUCUUCAACAAAAUUUCUCGAGAUACCAACUUCUUCCCGCCGUGUACCGAAAUUAUGUGUGUUUGGGUGCUUGAUUUAAACUUGUAGUUAGAGAAAGCUUACGACGCUGGAUGUCAAUGAAGGCUACUGAAUUAUGUGUGUUCUUAGAUUUACUAUAAGUAUUUUUAACAGUGAUAUCAAAAAUGACUGGUCUGUGACGGUUGGAAAACUAGUUUGAUUCAAGAGGCUAGGUUUAGUUUCAAUUUGUGUAGGGUAAUUUUCAUAUGACCUAAAUAGUUCGCAUCUAUGUAUAACAAAACUGACAGGUACAUAUAUGUGAUUUACUGAUUUAAUAUAAAUUAAUUAAAAUGAUACAAGUACUUACCAGCUGAAAUACUUACCGGCUGAUGGCUGACCGUAGAAGUGAGUUUUAUAGGUGAUCUAAGUAGCUAUGUAGGUAUAAUAGAAUAAUUAUGUUUGACAAUUUGCAGGAAAAGUACCUGCUCCACAUUUGUUCCUUUGAUUCUUGCUAAAUGAGUUUCAUACAUAUGAUACAUACUUGUUCGUAGUAUCGGGUCUAUGAAACUAUUGUUUCGUGAAAGUAAAGAUUUUAAAUGUAGUUUUAAUUGACAGCUUAUUAGGUAUAUUGGCUUCACUUAACCCUUAAAUGCAUGUUUUUUUCUUUUUGCCAAUUAUAGGAAAAAAAGUAAAAAAAUAUAUAACUUCGAUUUUCACUGCGAAAUCAGUGUUAGUAGUUGAAUUGGCUAAAUCAUAUUUAUGUAAAUAUGUAAUUUUCAGUAUUAUAUAAAUGAUUUUUUUUACUACCAUUAGAAAGGUACACUAUUUGUGAUAUACCUAUGAUAAAGUUUUUAAAUAUAAAAUAAUUACAUACCCUGAAAAAACCGUUCAAAAUCACAUACUAGAAAUUAUCAACUUGUGGAUUUUUCCAAGUUUGCCGACUUUUCGUCUUAAAACGAAUGUAAUUUUUAUAAAUUAAAAAUAUUGCGUAAAUUUACCCUUAAAUCAUCACCCUAUUACUUGACGUUUGGUAUAAAGGUGCGUUCAAGAACGUAAGCCUUUUUAUUUUAAAACUGUGAGCUGUCUGAUGGUUUGUAGACAUUUGGUAACACUAUGCAUUUAAGGGUUACCAGGGCUUAGUAUAAGUAAUGCACUUUAUUAAAGCCAAGUAUUUAAGUAAGUAUAUGAAAUAAUAGACAAUAUGUAGCUAGGUAAUGUAAAUACAUAUGUAUUUAUAAAAUUAAAAAACGAGAAAAAUGUUUCAAUCGCCUCGCUGCGUUGGAUACAGUAUUGGCUAAAUGGCAUUUCGAAUCAUGUGAGCGCAGUCUGAUGAGUUGCGCUUUUGGUGUUGGCUGUAACCAGGCGUGGCUCACUCCGCGAUUUCGUCGCUUUGCUACAGGUAGCUAAACCGUUCGACCCCAAUUUUGGGGUUUGCCAUAAGCCGCGCGUGGCACUGUCGCCACCUAGCGGCCAUAUCUGUGCUGAUCAUGACAAACGCGUUUUGUUAGAGAGUGAGUCUUCUGUACCUAGUACUAUUAUUUAUUCUGUGCUGUAACAGGCAAAUGUACGGAGCUACGGGGAAUCGUAUAUUGUGGACUUUUCAUGGGUCAUUCCGUAGUGAAUCUCGUCAGACAUUGAUAGACACUAUACUUAACAGACUGUGUAUGUGUGUGUGUAGCUAGAACGGCAUCUUAUCAUUGAUCCAGUGCAAUGAACCCGCUGUUAUCUACUACACAAUAUAAGUUGACAUUUAGCUGCAAGUGUACUGUGUCCAGAGUUAAAAGAGUAAACUACCGUUUAUAAGGUUCUCUUGUGAACUUUUAUUUACGUGAGUCCGUGCAUUUUAAAUAAAAAAAGAAUCAUAAAUCUUGUUACUAACAGCUGUUUUUACUUUAAUUUAUUUCAAAAUAAGUUCCAGUACACUUAUGCUGAAUUAAUUAUAUAGUAUAUAUGUACUUAUUGCUACCUUAUUACUUUUUAUUAUUAUCCUACCAACCAAAUUAUAUUUAUUUUAAUAGUUGCACUAAAAUGUUAUACGUACUUAAAUAAAAAUUUUGUUUAGGUUUUUUUUAAUUUGGGUUGUUUCGUAGUACUUAGGUAUAGUUACUAAAGUUUUAUAGAUGGUUUAUAAUUAUGGUCAAUAAUACGUACUUACCUAAUUUUUAUUUAUUUGCAGAGUUACCUAAAUUAUGAUAUUAUACCUUGUUAUGGACAUUUUCGUUAAUAGAUUGUUCUAUCACGUUAUAAUUACCCUAUGAUCCGUUGUACUGAUGAAGUUUUAAA